AUGUCCCGUUACCCGGAAAUUGCUUUCGCUAAUGCGCAUAAGAGAUUUAAGACGUCAUGGGAGUCUCUAUUUCCGUGGCUUAUUCUAACUCGUGAUGAUGUCGGCUUCCCUAUUCUGAGAUGCGGCACGUGCUUGGAGCACGGCGUGGAAGGCGCGAAAACGGCGUAUGGCAAGGGUGGCAGUGGAGGGCGUGACAUGCAGAAGGGGAGCAUCCAGACGCACCAGCGCUCCACUGCACACCAGGACGCACACGCCGUGUUGAAGUCGAAGGAGAUUCGGAAGCUACGACAGGCGUUGCUCAGUGAGUUCGAGGGGCUGGAUCGCAGCACGCUUCACAUCAUCACCGCUCUCAAAAUUACCGUGUACACCUGCAAGUCGGAGGCGCCGAUCACCUCCUACGUGGGCACCAUCAAGUUCAUGGCCGAGCUGGGAGUCCCGAACCUUCCCUUGGAUUCCAAGGGAACCUACUUUUCGGAGGAGGCGUUGGCCGCGAAGGAUGCCGCAGAGAAGGUGCCGGAGUUCGAGAUCAUUGAUCAAGCGGUGCGCAACGUGGCGGAACAACUAUCGAGGUCGAGCAAAUGUCAUCGGCGAUUCGAGCACCUUCAGGAGUACAUCUACGAAACCAACUUGGAGCUGCAGGGGAUCCACGCUGUGCGAUGGCUCUAUAGAGGGGAGGUAGUGAAGCGGUUCGCCAAGGUUGACAUCACGGUGGUCGCGGGGGAGGUGUCGCUCGCAUGCAGGACUAUCGAAGUGCGUUACGUGGACUGCGAGGAUCGUUUCGGCAACGAUCAGUCGCCCAUGCUCGACGCGUUCCUGAAGAGGCAUGGCAACCCGGACCACCGCGACAUCAAAGGCUUGGACCAGAAUGGUGACGCUGCAGAGCACAAGUUCGUGCUACACGAGCGUAAAAUCCCAGGCCAUAAGACUGGCGGCGACUACUACUCCUGCAAAGCGUUGUGCCAGGAGUUUGCAAAGGCCUGUGUUGGGCGUCUCAAGUUCCGCCUGGAAGACCUGAAGGACCUGGCCGGCUCCAAGCUUUUCCGGCCGUCGUGCUAUCCCGACGACAACUCACAGCGGAUGAAGAAGUGCCGCGAGUGGUUGGGCAUGCUCGACCACAUGUAUCACCACCGCCUCUAUGGUACGCCACCUGGUUGUGCUGUGCAUGCAAUGUUCUGUCUGCUCUGUGUGUGUGUGUGUACCUUAGUGUGCUGCUAA